AUGGGUAUUAAGAAGCUUGCCAUCUUUCUCCUGGUCCUCUGUCUUUGUCUAGAGGGAGGAUCCGCCAAAGAAAAAGGAACAAAGAAGGGAAAGAAAAAAGGGAAACAGGUUUACUGUCCAUCACAGCUGUCAUCUGAGGAUCUGGCCCGAGUCCCUGCGAAUUCAACCAGUAACAUCUUGAACAGGUUACUGAUCACCUAUGAUCCCAGAAUAAGGCCCAACUUCAAAGGAAUUCCUGUGGAAGACAGAGUGAACAUUUUCAUCAACAGUUUUGGCUCCAUUCAGGAAACGACCAUGGAUUACAGAGUCAACAUCUUCCUCCGGCAGCGCUGGAACGACCCCAGGCUGAAGCUUCCGCAGGACUUCAAGUCUGAUUCUCUCACCGUUGAUCCCAAAAUGUUCAAAUGUCUCUGGAAACCUGACCUGUUCUUCGCUAACGAGAAGAGCGCCAACUUUCACGACGUUACCCAGGAGAACAUUCUUCUCUUCAUUUUCCGUAAUGGAGACGUCCUCAUCAGUAUGAGGUUGUCCGUCACCCUUUCUUGUCCUCUGGAUCUGACGUUGUUCCCUAUGGACACACAGAGGUGUAAAAUGCAACUUGAAAGCUUUGGCUACACCACAGACGACCUGCAAUUUAUGUGGCAGACAGGAGACCCAGUGCAAAUGGACGCCAUCGCUCUGCCACAGUUUGAUAUCAGACAGGAAGAUAUUGAUUAUGGGAACUGCACCAAAUUCUAUGCAGGAACAGGGUACUACACUUGUGUAGAGGUUAUCUUCACCCUGAGGCGACAGGUUGGCUUCUACAUGAUGGGUGUUUACGCCCCCACACUACUCAUCGUAGUCCUCUCCUGGCUGUCUUUCUGGAUCAACCCUGAUGCGAGUGCCGCCAGGGUCCCUUUGGGCAUUCUCUCGGUGCUCUCUCUGUCCUCUGAGUGCACCUCCUUGGCUUCAGAGCUGCCCAAAGUGUCCUACGUCAAGGCCAUUGACAUCUGGCUCAUCGCUUGCCUACUGUUUGGUUUUGCCUCGCUGGUGGAGUACGCAGUGGUUCAAGUGAUGCUCAACAGCCCGAAGCGCAUCGAGGCAGAGAAGGCCAAAAUAGCAUCCAAGGAGAAGGCUGCGGGAAAGAGCCCCGCUGCCAGGAACAACACGGUCAAUGGGACCGGAGGGACUCCGCUUCACGUCAGCACCUUGCAUGUGGCAGAAACUCGCUGUAAGAAGGUGUGUACCUCUAAAUCAGACCUGCGGACCAACGACUUCAGCAUUGUGGGCUCGCUCCCACGGGACUUUGAGCUGUCGAACUUUGACUGCUACGGGAAGCCCAUCGAUACCAGCUCUGGUCAUGGAAAAUCCCAGGCCAAGAACAACAAGAAACCUCCUCCUCCGAAACCAGUCAUCCCCUCUGCUGCCAAAAGAGUUGACCUGUACUCGCGAGCCCUCUUCCCUUUCUCCUUCCUCUUCUUUAAUGUGAUUUACUGGUCCAUAUACUUGUGAUUAUCUUCACGUCUUAUCUUGUAUUAUCAAUCCCCCACUUCACUCCCAUGAGUUCUUUCUUGAUCUGAUUAUAUUCAAAAAGUUUAAUUCCAAAGUGAAUGUUGAGAAUUGUGAAUCUUACCCAUGAUUGCUGAGAAGAAAACUAUGUAUUAUUAUUAUUAAUAAUAAUAUUAUUAUUAUAUUUAUCUUUACAUAAAAAUA